AUGCGGCCGGUGAUCGACCGGAGGAAGAGAGACAUGAGGCGGUUCUGGCUGUACAGCCUCUACGCCUGGUCGGUGCCCAGCCUCCUCACCGCCGCCUCCAUCGCGGCUGACCACACCAACACCGUGCCCGUCUGGCUCAGGCCGCUCAUCGGCACCGAGAAUAAAUCUUGCCACAAAGGAGAGUGGAAGAGGCGAGGCAAGGAAGAAGUAACGAAGCUGGUAGUAGCGGAACCACUCAGAGUGUAA